UACGCACCUAUAUAUAUACACAGAGAGAGGCUAAAAACCAUCUCUAUAUAUCAUCCGAGGCCGCAGCUUCAUUGCCACACACAACACCAAGAAAUUAAACCCUCUUUCACUGUUUUAGUUAGUUUCGUUUUCCCUUUCUCCGAUUUUGUUAUCGUCGGAGCUCCGCCGUCCUCCGCCACAAGGUCAUGGGGACGCCAACAAUUCUUUCAGAUCUCGGCACCGAAAUCCUAAUACCAAUUUGCGCUGUCAUCGGAAUUGGAUUCUCUCUAUUCCAGUGGUUUCUCGUCUCAAAAGUGAAGCUCUCGCUGGAUAAACCGGAUGGAAAGAAUGUGUUUACGGAGUCGUUGAUUGAGGAAGAAGAAGGAAUCAACGACCACAACGUUGUUCAGAAAUGUGCUGAAAUUCAGAACGCUAUCUCUGAAGGAGCAACCUCUUUCCUAUUCACUGAAUACCAAUAUGUUGGUGUUUUCAUGAUUGCUUUUGCGGUUUUGAUCUUUGUGUUCCUUGGUUCCGUUGAUGGAUUCAGUACCAGUAGCCAACAAUGCACAUAUGACAGCACCAAGCAGUGCAAGCCUGCUCUCUUCACUGCUAUCUUCACCAGUGUAUCGUUUGUGCUUGGGUCUGUAACCUCAGUCAUAUCUGGUUUUCUUGGAAUGAAAAUUGCCACAUAUGCAAAUGCCAGAACUACACUAGAGGCAAGAAAAGGUGUUGGAAAGGCUUUUAUUGUUGCAUUCCGUUCUGGAGCCGUUAUGGGUUUCCUCCUAGCUGCAAAUGGUCUCCUUGUCUUGUAUAUCACCAUCAACCUCUUCAAGAUCUACUACGGCAAUGACUGGGAAGGGCUUUUUGAGGCUAUAACUGGUUAUGGACUCGGUGGUUCUUCCAUGGCCCUUUUUGGCAGAGUUGCUGGUGGUAUCUAUACAAAGGCUGCUGAUGUUGGAGCUGAUCUUGUUGGCAAGGUCGAGAGGAACAUCCCUGAAGAUGAUCCAAGAAAUCCAGCGGUCAUUGCUGACAAUGUUGGUGACAAUGUUGGGGAUAUUGCGGGUAUGGGAUCUGAUCUCUUUGGCUCAUAUGCAGAGUCCUCCUGUGCUGCACUCGUGGUUGCUUCCAUCUCCUCAUUUGGGAACAAUCAUGAAUUUACAGCAAUGAUGUAUCCUCUCCUCAUCAGCUCUAUCGGUGUCCUUGUUUGUUUGCUCACCACCCUCUUUGCCACUGAUUUUUUUGAAGUCAAAACUGUUAAGGAAAUCGAGCCUGCUUUGAAAAACCAACUUAUUAUAUCCACUGUUCUGAUGACAAUUGGUAUAGCACUCAUAAGUUGGAUUGCCCUUCCUAACUCCUUCACCAUCUUCAAUUUUGGAGUCCAGAAGGAAGUUAAGAACUGGCAAUUGUUCUUAUGUGUUGGUGUUGGUUUAUGGGCUGGCCUUAUAAUUGGAUUCGUAACAGAAUACUACACUAGCAAUGCUUACAGCCCUGUGCAAGAUGUUGCUGAUUCUUGCCGUACUGGAGCUGCUACAAAUGUCAUUUUUGGUCUUGCUUUAGGAUAUAAGUCAGUAAUCAUCCCCAUUUUCGCAAUAGCAGUCAGUAUUUUUGUUAGUUUUACCUUUGCUGCCAUGUAUGGAGUCGCUGUAGCCGCUCUUGGUAUGCUGAGCACCAUAGCCACUGGAUUGGCCAUUGAUGCAUAUGGUCCCAUCAGUGACAACGCUGGUGGCAUAGCUGAAAUGGCGGGGAUGAGCCACCGCAUUCGUGAAAGAACCGAUGCCCUUGAUGCUGCUGGAAACACCACUGCUGCCAUUGGAAAGGGGUUUGCUAUAGGGUCUGCAGCCCUUGUAUCCCUGGCCCUAUUCGGUGCAUUUGUAAGCAGGGCUGAAAUCACAACUGUAGAUGUGUUGACCCCAAAAGUCUUCAUUGGUUUAAUCGUGGGUGCCAUGCUUCCUUACUGGUUCUCGGCCAUGACAAUGAAGAGUGUGGGAAGCGCAGCUCUUAAGAUGGUUGAGGAAGUCCGCAGGCAAUUCAACACCAUCCCUGGCCUCAUGGAAGGCACUGCUAAGCCUGACUAUGCCACUUGUGUCAAGAUCUCCACCGAUGCCUCCAUUAAAGAGAUGAUUCCUCCUGGUGCUCUUGUUAUGCUCACUCCCCUCAUUGUCGGGAUUUUCUUUGGCGUUGAAACACUUUCAGGCGUCCUUGCUGGAUCUCUCGUCUCUGGCGUACAGAUUGCUAUCUCUGCAUCCAACACUGGAGGUGCUUGGGACAAUGCAAAGAAAUAUAUCGAGGCUGGUGCUUCAGAGCAUGCAAGGACACUUGGACCAAAAGGGUCGGACGCACACAAGGCGGCUGUGAUCGGUGACACGGUUGGGGACCCGUUAAAGGACACAUCAGGACCGUCGCUGAACAUCCUGAUUAAACUGAUGGCUGUAGAAUCGCUUGUGUUUGCUCCAUUUUUUGCCACCCAUGGAGGUCUCCUGUUCAAGAUUUUCUAGGUGAUGUGUUGUUGCUCGAAAGUUUAUUGCUUUUGUAGCUAGCUCCAUAUGUUUGGUGGCUUGAAUUUGUGUACGACGUUGAAAACCAUGAGCAAUUAGAAAAUUUUCCUGACACUAAAUGAAUGAAUCAUAUGGUAAUGGUCUA